AUUUUUAUUGGAUUUUACUGUUAGAAAGGCCUAAUUCUUGCUUUGAUGUGAACACUUAAGAUAUAUUAAUGUUCUGGCAUGGGUCUAUUCUAUGUGAAUAAUUUGCUGCAAUUUCGAUUUGCCGAGUUGAUAAUUAUUUUAGAAAUAUGCUGAAAAAGCUUAGAAAGGCUUUCAAAGGCAAGGCAAGUUCAAACUCAACCAGCACAAGAAAAAGGGGGAGAGAGCGGAAUAAUGGCGAGGACAGCGUUAAAUCGUCUGAUACUUUACGGGAGAAGCCGCGCCUAUCUGUGAACGCAGAGACCCAAACUGAACCCGAUAAUAGAGAACCGUUUGGAUGUUGCAGUUCCUUACAGACUCUCAAUACUCUGAGCAGUGGUAUCGGAGGAUCACAACCGGACCUCCUCUCAUCUCCAUAUGGGAGUAAUAUCAGUAUCCACCACCACCACCACACGUAUCACUACAGUACGUAUGGGCCUCAUUCUAACUUUAGGGCCCAGACUAGCGUAACAGAGAACACGUACCAUGUAGAUAACACAAGUUUCCAUGAUGCCUCUCGAACAAGCAUUCACAAUAUUUAUGAUAGUCAAAAUAUUCAAAUUGGCGAUGGCAAUGUUAUCACACGUGAUACAAACGAGGACAAAAAAGCUGAUUGGCGGUAUUACCCAAAUCGUGGUACUAAUGGGGGUUACUAUAGCGACGACGAUGGAGGCGGCUAUGUUGUCGAUGAUAUGACAACACCUAUUUACACCAGCUCUCCGAAGGCAUCACCCAGACAUCUCAACAAUGAUGAUGACUACCAUAACACGAAAAGGCCCGAAGAAUUCAAUGGCGUGUAUGAUGGUGUUGGCUAUGGAACGGAACGAGAAUUCGAAAACAAGGUGUAUGGUUUAAACCCAAGUUUAAGGGAGCAGAUGAUUACAUCUUCCCCACCCCCAUUGAAAAAGUAUUCAAACCUGGAGCGAGCAUCGAGUUUGAACGCAAUUUGGAACCCAAAUACAGGGAACCAAUCAUGUGGCAUUGGUGCACGACCAAAGGACUCAUUCGCUGGUCGCUCUGUCGAAAGACCCGUGCGUCAGGAUGAAAGAGCGUUCAUUAUUCCAAGGCCUCAGCUGAAAAAGAAUUGCUCCAACGUGUCUUUAGCAGAAAGUCUGAAAGCAUAUGCUGAAAGCACGACUCAUGACAUCACUAAGAUUGGAUCAACUGAAUCCAUUAACAGACAGCAUGUGCUUCAAAGAAGCGAGACCAGUUUAGAUGAAACCUCAAAUAAACACUGGGAGGACAUCGUACAGCGCCGUCAGGAGCAGUCUCGGAAGAAAGCUGCAUUCCUCAGCAAUCCUGAUGUAGCUCGAGCAGUUGGAUGGAAUUCCGCUUGGCCAUCUGUUGAUAGAACGAAAGCUAAAAGCUUGGCAACAUUAACAGGGCCAGGAAAUCUUUACACGAUUGGCGAGUGGGAGACAGCUGUGUAGAGUACCUAUUAAGUCUGGGGAUGUCCUUCUAGAUAGUUUAAUACUGCCAGUAUGCUGCUAAGAUAUGUUUCAGCUAUAUAUUGUAUUGUAUUUUAUUUAACACCAAUGAAGGUGAGCAAUACCUCUUGGGUAU